AGCUCUCUUGAGUUGUCAGACAGGUUUGUCUCUAAUGGUUUCAGGCAUCCUGGCUCAACGUCAUACUAGCAGGGACAACUGUCUUGGCUAGCCGGACUCAAACAGCAGGCAAGUAGCUCUCCUAGCUCUUGUAGCUAGCGGCUCGGCUUUAUUUCCAGGUCAUCGACAAAGUGGUGCUGACAAUGACCCAGUCCAACAGAAAAAGAAACGUCCUCUAGAAUCAACGGUGCACAUUAUUAGAAAGCAGGUGCUUGUUUUCCGAAAGCAAUGCCCGUGGGCACGAUCCAGCAUCCAUCGAGGCAGUCUGUGAGGACUGCCGUAGCUACAGCGCCCCCUCGCUUGCGACCGAAGGGCCCGGUGGGUGCGGAUUUUUACCGACAAAAUCCACCGGCAGCAGGCAGACCGAAGCAGAGUGCGGUGGAGAGACUGGAAGCAGACAAAGCCAAAUAUGUGAAGAGUCAAGUGGCGCUGUCCAAGCAGCAGCCAGUGAGACCCCCUGAGGUACGUCAACCUCUGCUGAGCCCGAUCGGCACUUUGAGGCCCGCCAAGAAGAUACCCGCACAACCCAAAACCAAGCAGGAAUCGAUCCAGCUUGACUUGCAGCAUUUGAGUAAUCUCAUCAGCGAUGUGAGCGACGCACCCGGCGCGGCUGCAAAUGUAGAGUCCGCCGAUAAUGCAACUGUCCCCACUGUGAUGACUCGGCAGAAAAAAGAACGUCUGGAACCGCCACCUCAAUCUGAUUGUUCUAGUCCCAUCAAGGUGAGACUGAAAGUAUCCGGACCAGCCCGGGUGGAAAGUGUUACAUCUCCGACUGCGGGGACUGUGCGCAGGGUGGACGUCAUACCUCAGAGCACGCGUGUGCAGACCGCUCGCAGGCCGCCACUCUUUAUCCGCCAACCGCUUCAGCCGCUCCCAUUGCACCCCCAGUUCCCCCUCCGCCCAGCGACUUCACACCUGUACCUCCGAACAACAAACACGCCUCUGAAACCUGUUGUCGCCGUUCCUCCUAAACCGGACAACGCUCCCGCCUCUCUACUUCCUGCCUCAUCUCCCCUCUGCAUCCCAGUUUUCCCUCCUUCCUCCCCGGCUAUUACUCGUUUAUCCUCCUCUAGCGCCAGGAAGCGGCCGUCUUUGACCCGUUCCAAAUCAGACAUGAGCGACCGCUUUUCCCGAGCUGGAACAGAGUUGGAACGCUUCUUCAACCUGUGUGGUUUGGACCCCGCAGACCUGCAGGAUUUGACUGGAUCCACUUCUGACAUUGUGUCUAUGGCUCGCUUCCGCAGCGUCAGCGCGCCGGGGUCCGAGUGCGCAGUCGGCGAUGAGGAUGAACAAGACAACGCUGAAGAAGAGCGUGUUCCUUACGGCGUUUCUGUCAUCGAGAGGAAUGCGAGAGUGAUCAAGUGGCUUUACGGAGUCCGUCAGGCUAAGUGAGCGCACCUAGGAUGUGGAGCUUAAAACCAUUAGGUGUUUUAUUUUUAAACGGCAGCCUUUUUGUCAUCAUGCUUUGUGGUCAAUGUGUGGGCAAUCAUUGGCUAAUGAACAUAAACCUGAGGAGUUGGAUAACGGUGAGUGUAAAGGUCAAAUCUGUACAUUUUCCCCCCGUAUCUUUCUUUUGGUCGACAUUCUCAAGUCAUGUAAGUAUGUAUACGUCUCAGCAGAAGAUGGUGAAAUACAUUUGAGGUCAAAGGUCAUAUUGUUUUUGUGAGCUGUAGCAGUAUGAAAAUUCAACUUAUUCUGGUACGUUUUCCGCUUAAGUAAGUUUAUCAUCAUGAUAGCUUAGUUGGAUGAUGAAGUGGAACUCGUACUCGGGCUAUGCAGGGUUUUUUUUUCCGAAUUAUUGAAAGAUGCAAAAUGUGCAUGUACAGUAUUUGACAGCGAACUUGCGAAAUAAAGAGAAAUUGUGAGUGUAAAUCCAAGUUGUUU